CACCAGGCGGCAGCGAGUGUCAGGUGUCUCGAAGUUUCCUCAAACCUCUACGGAAGUACGCACAGUUCUUCAGACUCCUCACUGAUGAUUUAUAGAGCGCUGUAUGAACACCAGCUGUGCGACUCUUUCCCACAAGCAGUCUACUAAACACAGAAAAGGCAUUGAGGUAUCUGCAGAGAUGGAACCUUCUCCCUUCAGUCGACAGACGUGGGUGUCGCAGUCGCUGCGUGUCACGGCGAAGGAGUUGUCGCUGGUCGGCGGGCGAGGGAAGAACAACGCCAUUGCUGAGCGCUUCGCCAAGUACCAGAAAGCUGCCGACGACGUGAAUGCAGAUAAGAGAAAGGGGGGCUUUGAGAGCGCAUCCUCCCUUCGAUCAAAUAACCUGAGUGCUUUAAAGAAGCGCUGGGAGCAAGCCGGGAGCGUUGGCGCGCAGGACAAGGCUCCGUUCAUCUCCUCGCCGAUUUUAUCUCACGGUGCACCACACGUCCCUGCCGGAGCCGCUUCUGUGAGCGAGCAACCCCCUCCUCCGAAGAGCCCAGAGUGCCCCUCGCUGGAAGAACUGCCGAGUCCGACCACAGACGUUGCGAAGCCCUGCGCUACUCCGCCAGCAGCAGAACAAGAAGAGGAGGAGGAAGAAGAAUACGAAGAAGAGGAGAAGGGGAUGGACAAAGAUGUGCCGACACACUUGGAGACACCAGAAAAUCUUGAAGAGCAAGUUCCAGCCAGUCCCCGUGCCUCCUGGGAGCCAGCAAGCGUGCUAUUAAACGAUCUGAAGAUGAGGUUUGAGAGGGCGGAUGACACACCAGAAAAGGGUGGCAGACCCAUUCUUAAAAGCACCUCAUCAGAAGAUAUGGACCACACCUCUGUCGUGUGUGAACGUGUGCUGGAGAAGUCCUCGCUGAGGGAGAAGCUGGCCAAAUACAAUGCUGCUGCUUGUAAACAAAGCUCCUCUAAAACUUCUGUUUCGCCAGAGGUGCUUCCCUCCAAAAUGUCCAUGCCUGCCAUCCAGAAGUUCCUACCUUCACCCGAGUGCAAUGGGGGCAGCAGCAGUGAGCCCGCCAAAGCGUCCAGGAAGUUCUGCCCUCCAGCCAAGGAGACGUGUGUGGCUUGCCAGAAGACCGUCUACCCGGUGGAGAGGCUGGCGGCCCUUCAGCACGUCUACCACAAGAGCUGCUUCCGCUGCCUUCACUGCAGCACCAAGCUCAGCCUGGGCAACUUUGCCUCCCUUCACGGCAACGUGUACUGCAAGCCGCAUUUCAGCCAGCUCUUUAAAGCCAAAGGCAACUACGACGAGGGAUUUGGUCAUCGGCCUCACAAGGAGCUGUGGCAGCAUCGCAAGGACGGAGAUGAAGAAGACGAGGAGGUGCCAAAGCCCAAAGAACAAGCAGCACCAGCGAGGAGGCCGUCGGUGGAGAGCGUACCCGAGAAGCAGCGCACGCCGUCCGUGGAGGCGUUGCCACCUGUGAAAGCCCCGGGCGUCUCCGCCCACAGGGAGACGACAAAGCAAACACCUGCUAGUGCCGCAGAGAAGCCGUCCGAGACCCGCAGGUUGAGGAUCGCGUGGCCUCCCCCUGCUGGCGCCGCUCACUCCGGCACAGGAAUACGCAGCCCGGCCGCCGAGGGGGCGGCUUCUGGCCGCACUUGGAGGGCCAAGUGGCCUCCGGAGGACGAUUCGCCGUUAUCUUCAUCAUCGACGUCGUCCCAAAGUGCAGAGCGUGCUGAGCUGAAGAGCCUGAGGAGGAGCUCCUCUCUCAAGGAGCGCAUUCGACCUUUUACAGUGGCUGCCAAGCUCGACCCCGAACCUUCCCCCACCCUCAGGGAGCCUCGACGCCCCCUCAAGGCCCUGAAAGAAUGGAGAGCAUCGCUGGAGGGAAAACCCCAAGAGAAGGUGGUGCUGCAGAGCAAGGCAGACGAGGACGAGAAGAUCGAUGAAGAAGCAACAAGUUCAAAGGAAAGCAACCCGGAGGAGGCAGAGACUCGGCAGGAAGGAGGUCCACACGCACAGGAAGGAAGUCCGGCGGCGGAAGAAGGCUCGCUCAGGAGCAUCUCUCCCGACAUCUCCACGUCGCCCUCACCUCCUGCCCUGCCAAAACACAACCGCACCUCGCAGGAUGUCGGCUUCUGGGAGGAGGACAAAGAGGAGAGUGGCGAUGAGGAGAUGACUCCCGAGGACAUCAUCAAGAGGAACCGUUACUACGACGACGAUGACGAUGACGACGACUGAGUGACAAGAACAUCUCAUCGGCUGCUUAUGUUGCUACAGCUGCCUCUCAUUCCCGACUUCAUGUCUUCCUGCAAUCAAACUGGAACUUUCUCAGGUGUUCAAAAUAUGAAUUUUAAGCCUUAACUCCCAAUUUUGUGUGAAUGGACAACAAUGGUGUUGCCAACAUACUUUCAGCCUAUGGAACGUACCAAUCUUCUUACUGUCACACUAAUGGACAGAUCUCCUGAUUAAUUGAUAUCUUUUCUGACUUUUUAGUGUUCGGUCUUCUGCAUGAGCUCCAAAAAAGUUUUUGUACGUAAAAAGUGCCACUGAUGAAACGUUUUCUCAUUUUUUAAAAAUCACUCAAGUCCAACAGUGCUUUUUAAAACGUUGUUAAAACACAAUAAAAUGUAGAGUUAUUAAAGACAA